UAUUUCACACCACUGUCUCCUCGAAAAACAUCGGAAGAAACGACUGCGUGCCAGUCAAACUCAAAAAAGUGUAGCUAACGACGCUGUGAGAGAUUACAGACGCAGAAGAAAACUACAAUAUAUAUUACGAGUGAGAUGGUGUGAACUACAGUAUGUCCAGUAUUGACGAGGAUUUACAUGAUGCAGUGCGCAACAAGGAUAUCAAGACCGUCGAACAGCUUUUGUUGAGAGGGGCAAACAUAGAUGCCAUUUACUAUGGAUGGACGCCAUUUCAACAGGCUGUUGAUAUAGGUAAUGAAGAUAUCUCACUAUUUCUGGUUGAUAAAGGGUGCAACAUUACAUAUCAUGACAUGCGACACAUUUCACCUUUUGAAGAUGCUAUCGACAAAAGCCAAGUUAAGGUGGUGGAGUGUUUGCUAAACCAUGGAGUGGAUGGAAAUGCUGCUCUGUCUAAUGGAGAACCUCCGAUCCUUGUGGCAGUGGAGAAAGAAUGUCUCCCUCUGGUUUCUGUCCUUGUCAGUACAGGGAACCUGAACCUGAAUGUCACUAACAAGCUGGGUGAGAGUCCGCUGUAUGUGGCUGCUCUGGAAGGCUAUCACAAAAUCUGUCAGAUCCUCGCAGCGGCUGGUGCCGACGUUAACUUCAUUUGUGACGACGAUGCCAAACAGACACCACUUAUUACCGCUACAGCCAACGAACAUAUUAGUGUUGUUAAGACUUUGCUCAAGUACAACUGUGAUUUGAACCUCCAGGACGGGGACGAGUGGACGGCGCUGUGGCACGCCUACACCAAUUGUAACGAGGAGCUGCUCGAGCUGCUGCUCAAAGCAGGGGCAGACAAAUCUAUCCCAAACAGAGACGGCAUCACAAUUUUAGAAGAUGCUAAAGAAAAUGAGGAUGAUGACAUUAUUGAAAUUCUCAUCAAAUAUUAACAGUUGUCUGUGGGGGAAAGUGCGUGUAAAAGAUCCUUUGCUGCAAAUUGAAGGGAGUAACAUGUGAAAGCAGGUUUCUUCUAUGACAGUCAAGACCAAAUAUUACAAUUGCCACAUUUGACAGCUAAUAACCUGAUUCAUCAAUGUUGUUGGGUUGAUAUAUAUGAAAUUGUUAAAUAAAUCAGUGACAGUU